CGCGAUGCUCUGACGCUCAGCUCGCCCGCGUCGCGUCGCGUCACUCCGGCGUUCAUCCGCUCUCACCGCCUCAGCUCUUCAUGCCCUCCGUGUUUUAUUUAUGUGCUGUUAAAACCCGUAGACAAGUGCCUGAACGAAUGAGUAUCAAUACAAUUUUUAGAAUAUGAACUUUUUGCCAAAUGGAAUAUGUUUCUAUCUGUCCGUGGCAAUUUGCUGGUUCUCAUCCAGAGUCGACGCGUCGUGGUGGUACAUGGGCACUCUUGGAUCGCAAGUGAUGUGCGACAACAUCCCGGGUUUAAUUAACAAACAGCGCCAGUUGUGCCGCCAGCAUCCCAAAGUGAUGCAGGCUAUAGGAGCUGGCAUCAAAAACUGGAUUGGCGAAUGUCAGCACCAGUUCAGGACCCACCGCUGGAACUGUAACACCAUGGCACGCGAGCACAAUCUGUUCGGGAGGCUCCUGCACCGCAGCAGUCGUGAGGCAGCUUUUGUCUAUGCCAUCUCCUCAGCUGGUAUGGUCUACACAUUGACCAGGGCGUGCAGUCAGGGUGAGCUGGAAAACUGCUCAUGUGACCCUGGAAAAAAAGGCUCAUCCCGCGAUGCCAAGGGAGCUUUUGACUGGGGGGGCUGCAGUGAUCACGUUGACCAUGCCAUCAAGUUCACCCAGGUCUUCAUUGAUGCCAAAGAGAGGAAAGAGAGAGAUGCCCGGGCACUCAUGAACCUGCACAACAACCGAGCAGGGAGGAAGGCGGUGAAGCGCUUUAUGAAUCUGGAGUGUAAGUGUCAUGGUGUCAGUGGCUCAUGCAACGUCCGCACCUGCUGGUUAGCCAUGGCUGACUUCAGGCAGACGGGUGACUAUCUUCGCAAAAAAUACAACAACGCCAUUCAGGUGGUGAUGAACCAAUAUGGGACGGGCUUCACCAGCGCAUACAGGAUGUUAAAGAGGCCUAACAAAAAUGACCUGGUCUACUUUGAAGACUCGCCUGACUACUGUAUAUGGGACCAUGAGUCUGGUUCGGUGGGCACCGGUGGGCGAGUGUGCAACCGCACGUCACGCGGUACUGACAGCUGUGAGGUCAUGUGUUGUGGGCGGGGCUACGACACAUCAAGAGUGAGUCGCACAACCAAGUGUGAGUGUAAGUUCCAGUGGUGCUGUGCUGUUCACUGCAGGGACUGUCAAGAAGAGGUGGACGUGCACACCUGCAAAACCCAGUCCUGAUCAAACCACUUCUACAUCGCUUUUUUAUUGUGGCUCGUUGGAGAAAUAUACGUACACAACAUGACCAGCAACUUCAAAACAAUGCUGAUUUGAAGCCUUAACUAGCUUUACCGUCUUUAUUCGCUGUUUUGUUUAUUACUCUGUCAUAACACAGAUAUUUAUUACUGCUUUGGAGCGUAAGAAUGUUUAUCUUUAAUGUAUUUUCGUAUGUUGAAAUGUAAAUACAAACUUUAUGUAAUUUAAAAUAAAAUGUACACGUAUGUAACAAA